AUGACGACAAUGUCCUGCGCAGAAAAGGCAGGUUUUGGAGAAGCUUCCAAAGUACGCAUAGUAUCCGAGCCUGAAGCUGCUGCUAUACAUUCCCUUCGUGCUUCUAGCCCCCAUGGACUGGAGGUCGGAGAUACCAUCGUUCUUUGCGACGCGGGAGGAGGCACUGUCGAUCUUAUAACAUUCACAAUCAUGGAAUUGUCUCCUAAUAUGCGUCUUAAAGAGGAAGCACCCGGUACUGGAUCUUUGUGUGGCAGCACCUUUCUGAACAGACGCUUCGAAGAGAUGCUAAACGACCGUCUCUCUUCCCUCCCCGGAUGGGACAGGGAUACACUGGAUGAAGCAAUGCAUCGAUUCGAAACCGUUGCCAAAAGAACCUUCAGUGGAAAUGCAGACGAUGACUUCAUGUUCCCUGUUCCAGGCAUAGCAGACAGCCAGGAAGUCGGGGUCCGUCGCGGCCGAUUCAGAGUUACUGGCCAAGAGAUGCAGCAACUGUUCUUGCCUAUUUUACGAGACAUUGGGGACCUUGUCCGAGAGCAAAUUGAGACGUCUAACGCUCAGGUCAAAGCAAUUUUCUUGGUUGGUGGGUUUGGACAGAGUCCAUACCUUCGCACAUAUCUUCGCGACUGCUUCUCUCCUGGAGUAGAAGUGAUAGCACCAGUUGACGGCUGGACUGCUGUUGUCAGAGGCGCAUUGACAAAGACUCUUGGGGAGGUGUCUGAUACAGAGAUAAAAACAUUCGUCGAUUCCCGCAAGGCAAGGGAAAGUUAUGGAAUGAUUUGCUCGACUAAAUUCAAUGAUGAAGUGCAUGAUGCGAAGAAGAAGUACUGGAAUGCCAAAGAAGGAAAGUUCUAUAUCGACGUUAUGCAUUGGUUUGUUUCCAAGGGGGACGAUAUCGAAGAAGCGAAGGCCAUUGAGACGACUUGGUCUCAGCACAAACUUGUUAAGGAUGGCACGUUCGACUCAAUUCAUGUCAAUCUCUACAAGCUCGAUACUCCUAUGGGUGAGAAGCCACCCUUGUACUUCAAUCGCCACGUGAAGAAACAUGCCAAGUUGAAUCCAAUCCUGAGCCAGAUCGAGCAGGAUCGUGUCCCAACCUGCUGUGGUGCAGAUGACGAGCUCUACUAUACGAUUGGAUUUCAGAUCCAUGCGGUGUACUAUUCCGCUCAUUGUGAAUACAUGCUCUGGUAUGAAGGCCGCAAUUACGGGAGUGUCAAAGCCGACUAUGUCUAA